CUUUGCAAUUCCCUCUCAAUAUUCCUCUGUUGCUAUAUUCAAUGUUCCUUUUCCCUGAAAUUGUUACAGAAGAAAACAGGUGUCAGAUUUUGACUGGGCCCUCCCACCUCAACGCUCUUUGAAGAGUCUGUGCACCACUGGAAGAAGAAGUAUCUCCGCAAGGAAAUCUAGAAGAAGCUGUGAAAAUGUCUCAGCCAAGAGCGGAUGACACCAGUGUCCGAUUUUCCCCGGAGCUCUCAGAAGGGGAGAAAGAAGCCACCAGGAGCAGGAAGGUGAAAGUCCUGGAGUGUCUCAACAACCUGGGUGUUUCCUGCGAUGAGAAGACCAUGCCCAAUAUCGCCGUGCUAGGAUCGGGCGGGGGCCUGCGGGCCACAAUCGCCCUUCUGGGAACCUUGGCGGAGAUGAAGAAACAAGGCCUGCUGGACGCUGUCAUGUACCUGUGCGGGGUGUCGGGUUCCACCUGGUGCAUGUCCUCCCUCUACAGCGAGAAGGACUGGGCAGAGAACGUAGAGACGCUGGAGGAAAAACUAUGUAAUGAUCUUUGCUGGACUCCAAUUGAUCUAAAAAAAGAGUUGGAUUCGGCGGCAAAGGCAGCUGAAGAUAAACUCUUCUCUCUGACCGAUGUCUGGGAAGCGUUCGUUGUCAAAAGUAUAUUGAAACUGCAUGAUGAGACAAAGUUAUCUGAACACAAGGCUGCCUCCAGUAAUGGGAUUAACCCGUACCCCAUCUAUGCAGCAAUAGAACAGAACACAUUUGACAAAGAUCAUACAAGUCCAGGGGCCUGGUUUGAAUUCACCCCCGAUGAGUCUGGCUUUCCCGGCCUGGAUGUAUUCGUGAGAACUAAAGCUUUGGGAAGCAAAUUCCAGGGUGGGAAUUUGACAGCACCACAGGAAGAGAAAGACAUCAGCUACUUGCAAAGUCUCUGGGGAAGUGCCUUGGGAAGCAUGCAGGAAAACAUACACUAUUUAAUAGCACACGUUAUGGCGCUAUUCCAAGGAGUCCAGAAACCUUUGGAUUCUCAAGGGAAGGAAGUCGAGAAUUCUGAAGUGAUGAGACUUGGAAACAAUUUAGAUGAGUUUUUGAAGACCCUUGAAAGCGCAUUUUGGAACAUGAUUCAAUCUAUCAUAAAACCACAACAGAAAGAUGCAGCACUCCUCCCAAAGUACCUGAAUUUAUGCUUGAAGUUGAUGACCUGUUUCAAAAAAUGGACAUGGGGGAGCACCAACAACUUUCUGUAUGAAAACGACAACGUCCAUACCGAUGGCUUGGACAAGCGCGAAGUCCUCAACUUGAUCGACGCUGGCGUGGCUAACAACUGCGCCUACCCGCUGGUCCUCCGCCCGGCCAGGCGCGUGGGGCUGAUCCUCUCCUUCGACUUCGGCAUCAAGGAACCCUUUGAGACCCUCCAGAAGGCGUCCAAGUAUUGUGAGGAAAAUCAGAUCCCAUUCCCCCCGAUAGAUCCAGAAGUGAUUAAGGACCAAGACAACCCCUCCAAUUGCUACGUCUUUGAAGGAAAGGGCACUCCCACCGUCAUGCACUUCCCACUCUUCAACACGAAAAACUGUCCAGGACCACAAGAAAUUACAAAGACCAGAAUCACGUUUCCCACCCUUCGUAUGUCCUACACAAGGCAAGAGAUGGAAGAACUCCUCAACAAGGCGAAGAGGAACGUGACCGAAAACAAGGAGAAGAUUCUGGAGCAGAUCCGGAGGAUUGUGUCUUCUCCCACCAGGGGAUUUUAAAACCACCUCUCUUUUUGGUUCACGAAACACAGAAAAAUCUUUGCCUGACUUACACACGACACUAUACAUCAGGGUUGGGCAAUACAUUGGCGGCGGUUCACCGGGGUUAGCCCCUGGUGGGCCGCGGUCACUAUAUUUAACUGCACCUCCACAGGUACGGGCGGCCGCAGCUCCCAUUGGCCGGGGGCAGUGAUCUGCCACCAAUGGGAGCUGUGAGCCCCGUACCUGCAGAGGCGCCAGUAAAUACGCCGGUGAGGGGCCUGCCAGAUCCGAUCCGGCCAUAGGCUGGUGUUUGCCCACCCCUGCUGUACACUGUGCGCAUUCAGAACCAAACUGUAGUAGGGAAAAGUGGGUUAGAUUCACAAAGGGAUUUAGGCACCGAACUGCCCUGUAGGUAGCCCCAGAUUUAGGCACCUCAAGACUCUUGAUCAGCUGUCACAAAACACAGAACUCCCUCAGCACCUAAGAUGUUGCCGGGGCAUCUCCUAGGUACCUAGAUUUCUGCCUCAGGGCCUGUGUCCCGCAGCCCCAUCCCCCCGGCCCAGUGCCCAAGGCCCAGGGACUCUUAAAACCAGAACAGAGGUGUCACCUGACACAAGGCAGGUUUCAGCCACAGCUGAGUGUGGGGCAGGUGAAUCCCAGUGGGGCCCGGCGGCUGGGCUUCCCCUGCGGAAUAGGGCAGCUGGGAGCCAAGGCCUUUUGUGAAUGUCGCCCUCCAAUUAGUAACAUGUCCCGAGGGGGAGAGAUGGGAGUGUGUAGAUAGAUAGAUAGAUAGAUAGAUAGAUAGAUAGAUAGAUAGAUAGAUAGAUAGAUAGAUGGGGGUGUGGAGAUAGGUAGAUAGAUAGGAGGGAGGGAAUGUAAGGAGGUAGAUAGUACUUGAUGAUUAUUAGAUGGGCAUAUACAAUAGUUAACAGUGAUAAGGCUACAUAGAUAAAGUCAUAUAUAAAAGAUAAUAUUCAUAUACAAUAUCUUAUGCUAGAUUCAUAUGUAAUAGGUUAGGACAGAUGAACAGAUAGACGCCUGGAAGGAGGUGUGGGGGUGGCUAGUAUGUGAUUCUCCCUAGAUGGAUAACUAGAUAUAGGGUAGUUCCUCGUGAAAUAGCGAGAUACAUUCAUAUCCAGAGAGAGUUGCUAAGACUCUCAUACAGACACAUUGGUUCGUCGGUGUUCACACGGCAUCACUCUAGGUUGACUCCAUCAUGUGAUAUCAUGGGGCCCAUUGUGCUAGGAGUGGUUUUGUCUUGUGCACACCAAUGUCCCCACAACUCAAAGCACUUGCCAUCAGGCCGACAGGGGCGCUGCACGGAUUCCGGGCCUGGCCGCUGCCUGAUGAGUACCCGUCUCUGCGGGAUCUCACCGGGGUGUCUCCUGGUUUUCGGAAGGAAAGGAGAUGAGAAAAGAGACUCCUGGCGAGUGGCGAGGCCUCAGUCUCGUUCCCACCCUGGGGAGAUGUGGGGUAACCGCACUGCCGCUGAUGUUGUUACUCCAUGUUCCCAGAGGUUGGAAUCCGCAUGGUUCUUUACAAUCGGGAGCUUUUUAUUGCCUGUUCUGCCCAAGUCGUGGGUGGGGUGUUUGUGCUGGGUGUGACAAUACGACUUUCCUACCCUCUUUACUUCUGUGUGAUGAAUAUUACAGAAAUAAACGCGAAUGCCCAUUAUUUUUUAGCCUGCGGACUGGCAAUCAAAAUAGGCUUGGGAAAUGGGUUGAGAAUAGCCCACUUUUUCACAUCAAAGAAUUUUUUUAAAAUUUACUCUUCAGCACUAAGUCGUUCAUAACAUCCUCCUUAUUUAUUUCGGAGAGUAGGUCCUUCUCACAUGACGUUAACAUGAAGGAUUCACGAUGUGACUGUGUAAGACAAUUUCCCAAUUUGUUCAGAAUAUACUUCAGCUUUGAAAAAGACCUCUCCCAGGAUACCUGCGUUGCAGACAAGGUUAGUACAUAUUUGUACACUAGAAAGACAUGCCUAUAGGCCAGCGUGUGCAAAUCAAACUUGUCCCAAACAUGGUAACAACAUGCCAUGCAGCUUUUGCAGGAUUUACAUUUUUGGAGAGCAGUUUCGUUGCAAUCGUCGCUAUUCUCAAUAGUGUCAUUUAAGACAUCUUUGAUAAGCGUUGACCUGAAUUUGCUCCAUUUCCUUGUGAAAUCCAUCAUUUCUAUAUGCAAUAUUUCUUUUGAGAUAGAGUUGCUAAUUUUUUUAACAACUCACUUCAUUUUUCAAAUGCAUUUUCGGGGAGAUUGUUUAGAAUAUUUUUUAAAUUCUUCAAAUCCAAAUAAGAAAAUUCUGUGUAAAGAUUUUGGUGUUUUAGAUACCUCGUAUUGAAACUGCUGACUACGCUAUCCAUUGUAACCUUAUACACAUUUAUGCGAUAAGGUUCUUUGGCAUUUCUUAGUGUUUCAUUCGAACGAAAUUCCCCAGGUAACUUUUUCUGUAUUCUAGUCUAUUUUUCUUUACAAUCUGUUUCAAUAAACAUAUCUACACUUUUGAUU